AUGCAACGUAUCCUUUGAAAAAUUUGAAAACUUUUCGUUUAAAAGUCGUUAUAAGCUGUGAUAGUGGCAUAAACGUUAUUCGCAAUAAAUAUUUAUUAAAUUUAAUGAAUGCUUUCCAUUUAAUGCAUUUCAUCAACAUUGAAGUUAAUGUAGUGGCUACAUUACGUUUGCUUAUGCUAUCGGAAAAUCGGUCGCGGUAACAAAACCUUAGUCCAUCGUUCACCGCAUCUUCUAGACAAACUAGCAAAAUUGCACAUUACAAGAUGGAUGAUUUCUUAAAAAUUGAGAAAAUAGGUGAAGGUACUUAUGGUGUAGUGUAUAAAGGAAAAAAUAAAAUAACGGGUCAGUUCGUGGCAAUGAAAAAAAUACGACUUGAGUCUGAUGAUGAAGGAGUUCCUUCGACUGCUAUCAGAGAAAUUUCUUUAUUGAAGGAGCUCAAUCACCCUAAUAUCGUAAAGUUAGAAGAUGUUCUUAUGGAGGAAUCUCGUCUGUACCUUAUCUUCGAGUUUCUCGCCAUGGACUUGAAGAAAUAUAUGGAUUCAUUAGGCUCGGGAAAAUUUAUGGACCCAGCAGUAGUGAAGAGUUACUUGUUUCAAAUCAACAAUGCAAUCCUGUACUGCCACCAGCGCCGUAUCCUGCACAGAGAUCUUAAGCCUCAGAAUUUGUUAAUUGAUAAGACUGGUAUUAUUAAGGUGGCUGAUUUUGGUCUGGGCCGAGCAUUUGGUGUGCCAGUGCGGGUGUACACACAUGAAGUUGUCACACUAUGGUAUAGGGCUCCGGAAGUAUUGCUUGGAAGUCAAAGAUAUUCAUGUCCCAUAGACAUGUGGGCGGUUGGCUGCAUCUUCUCGGAGAUGUCCUCUAAAAAGCCAUUGUUCCAAGGUGAUUCAGAAAUCGAUCAACUUUUCCGCAUCUUCAGAAUGCUGCGAACACCGACUGAGGAGAUCUGGCCCGGGGUGACCGCUAUGCCAGAUUAUAAACCAACAUUCCCCAAUUGGAACACAUUUAAUCUACACAAUCAUGUUCAAAAUCUAGAUGAAACCGGUAUGGAUUUACUCCAGAAGAUGUUGGUAUAUGACCCGAUGCGUCGUAUCUCAGCCAAGGAUGCGCGCCGGCAUCGCUACUUCCGCGACGUGGCGGUGCCUCCCGGAUUAGCUCUGCAUAAAGCUUAUAUACGCUGCUCAGAUUAUACUGAUACCACACAAAGUGUAUGAAGUGUCAAUUUGUGCUAUUUGUCUGAAAAGUGACUGCAAAGUGUAACGGUUAAAUAUCUUUGUGAAUGAAUAAUGUUGAAGUAUUCUUGAAGCGAUGGAAAUUUGGUAAGUUUAUUUUAAUAUGUCAGAACUUUUUGUGGCCUAGUUUUGAUGUUAUAUGGAUCUUCACACAGAUCCGAGGGUGGGGUAGAUUUUUAUCGAAAAAUUGAGGUUUUUGUGAUUGAAGCUUGGUUUAAUUUCACUUUUUUAUGCAAGAUGUACCAAGUAACAUUAAACCUUAUUUUAAUUGUAUAAGGGCCUGUCCCACCAAAUUGUAAACAGUCUGAUAAUAAUACAACGCAUAAAAUAUGUGAUGGAAUAUUGGAUUUACCUUAACUGACAGUGACAUCAUUUUUAAGCUAUCUAAGCCUCUAACAGCCAGUGGUGGGACAAGGCCCUAAAUAUAAUUUGAUAACAAAUUGCUUUGCUCUCCGCACUAUUCUGUUAAACUGACUACUGGUUUGUUGUUUCUAUGACUAUGUUUUAAGAAUGUUUUGUGAAAGUAACAUUAGUACUAUGGCAUGUAGAAAACUUCACUUAAUUUAGAAUUUGACAGUUGUUUUAAUAAUUGCAGUCUCUGUUUUGUCAGUGAAAGAAAGAGAUGGAAAUAUUUUGAUGCCUCCUAUGUAGAGCCAAUACUGUAAGACACAAUUUUAAGAUUUACACCUAGUUUUGUUUACAUUCACUUGGUGAAUACUUGUUUCUGUACAAAUUUAAAGAAGUGUAGAUUAUGGUUGUCUGUUGUAAGUUCAUGUUUGAUCGUAAUUAUUCAUUUUAACUUUUUAAAAUUUUGUUUUGUCAAAAUUUUCCUAUAAAAAUUAGACUUUACAUAGGAGAUUAGAUGUGUUAGUAUGUUAGGAGUGAGGUUUUGCUACUUAAAAAACUCAUAUAAAUCAUAAUUCAGGGAUGUUAUCCAAUACAGGUCAAUAUUUAAUCUGUUAGCUAGGAAAUAAAUUAGGUGCCUUAGUAGUAAACGGACGACUAAUAUUUCAUAAUUUCAAAACUAAAUUCUGCAUUUCAAACUAAUUUGUAUGUUACAAAAAACGUUAAGCCCCAUUCGGACAGGCGAUUUUAAAACGCGCGUUAAAAAAGCGUUGAUGUAGAACAAAUCCAUUAUAAGUAUCUGUUUAUGGCAUUUUGACUACUGGGUGAUUAAAACAAGAGUGAUUUUAAAGUGAUUGUAUGAGCGAGAGCGUUAAAAUAGCGCCCGUGUGAAUGGAUGCUAAUUCUAAUGAUAAUGUGUAAUUCAAUAUAUUAUAUGUCAAAUUUUAUGUAAAAUAUAUUUUUGCAUUUCCUAGUAUGGUAUGAUAGCAUAUUUUACACAUACAAAAAUUGGUAUAUGCUCAAUAGUUUCUUAUGGCGAUAUUUAAAUUGCCGAUUAAAUUAUGGUAUUUGUAUAAUUACGUAUUUUUCUAAAAUAUAUUAUAACCAGUUUAUUUAGGCAGUUGUAAAUUUAAGCUUAACUUUGGGACUAGUUCGUCUUUACCCAUCCUAAAUUAAUUAAGAAAUAAUACAAAAAUUUGAAGCAAUUUUGAUUCAUACAUUCAAAUCAGCAUUUUUAAAAUGAACGGACAAACGAUAAUUUUACAUUCACAAACUAUUGUAUGUAUUUAUUUUAUAUGUGAAACAUGUAAUGUAAUUAAGUGUUUUUAGAAUGUAUUUAAUUAUAGCAAAUGUAUGAUUAUUCCAACUACAGAAAUAAAAUUUGAACAUUUAAUUAUUGUA